AGCGGCUCAGCGGGGAGCAGCGUGUUAUUGACCGGCGGGGCUGCUUAUUUGCGGGGGUCUUUUUCGUUUGUCCUGGCUGCCGGGGGGCGGGGUGCUCAUGGAUCUUUCUAGCUUAAAGAAGAGGCAGUGAGUCAGUAUUAGCUGCAGAAUGGUAUUAAGAAAAAGACUAAAAUGGUGCCCUUUGUAGCGGCAGUAUUAAUGUUACCGGUGCCUUGUAGCCGAAGUGAAAGUUAGCGCAUGAUAGCAAAACGUUAGCCAACUAGCUAAUGCUAGGCCUUCCGUUUCCUUUGACUUGUCAGGACAGUUUAUUGUUUUAUCCCUCCCUCGUUAAAGCUGGACUUUUGCUCUUUACUUUGUUGGCCCUGGUCCAUUUUUUCGUUGCUUCCCGCAGUUAAAAAAAAUGAAGAGCUUGAACAGCUUUCAGAGGUUCAUGAACAGACGGGCCUCUGCCAACUGCCGCUACCAGCCCACCUGCUAUGAGCAUGCUGCAAACUUCUACACUCAUGCACUCCUCAUUGUGCCAGCCUUUGUGGGGAUGACGUUGCUGCACUGUCUGUCGGACAACCGCUGGGAGAGGAUCACGGCCUGGGUUUACGGCAUGGGCCUGUGUGCCCUCUUCCUGGUCUCCACUGUGUUUCAUAUCAUCACCUGGAAGAAGAGUCACAUGAGGUCAGUGGAACAUUGUUUUCACAUGUGUGACAGAGUGGUUAUCUACUUCUUCAUUGCUGCCUCCUACUCACCUUGGUUGAACCUGCGUGAACUCGGCCCCCUUGCAGCGCACAUGCGCUGGUUUGUGUGGCUCAUGGCUGCUGCUGGAACCGUUUAUGUCUUCAACUAUCACGAAAAGUAUAAACUUGUUGAGCUGGCCUUCUAUUUGACAAUGGGAUUUUUCCCUGCAUCUGUCGUGACAACAAUGAGUAACACCGACGGUCUUCACGAGGUGGCCUGCGGAGGACUCAUCUACUGCCUCGGUGUGUUCUUCUUCAAGAGCGACGGCAUCAUCCCCUUCGCGCACGCCAUCUGGCACGUGUUCGUGGCGCUGGCGGCGGCAGUGCACUACCACGCCAUCUGGAAAUACCUCUACAACGCUCCCAGCUCCGACACCCUCCUCAACCUGUGACCACGACCCCGGACUGGACGCUUCCUGUCCCGCCACCUCGUGCUCUUGAGCCGAGCGCGGCGACUCCCUCAACUGCCCACCAAAGCUGCAACGACAGCCGUAAGGUUUACGAAAAUAAUGACCAUGAAUUGUUUACCGUUUUCUAACGCGGACAACAGAUUUUUCAGCCAAUGAACAAAAGUUACUUUCAUAGCUAUUUUGUAAAAAAAAAAAAAAAACUUUGACAGUGAGGAAGGGAACUUUUGAACUUUUACACUUGCUAUUGACCUUGGCACAUUAAUAAGUAUUUGAAUGAGUAUUUGAGAAAUUUGAUAGCCGUCUUUUGUAUCACUUGAAGUAAGUCACAUUCAACAUUUGGGGUUAUUUGAGUGUCAAAACUCAGAGAUUGAUCCUUUCGGGUGUUUUGAAGAUGAGGAAUAUCGAAUGAGGUGCUAAAAAUCAGCUCUGAUCAGUAUCUCUUAUGAUGUUAUAUCAGAUGCUAGCGUUGAUGUAGGAGCUGAAUUUAAGGAAAACCAUGUUUUUAUUAAUCCAACCACACAUUCGAUGCCAAAAAAAAAAAAAAAAAGACAUUGUAAACCCUCCGCAGUAGUUGAUACACAUUUAAAGUGUGUAAAGUAAGUCAGUGCUACAUUGUGUUCUGCUGAUACAGUUUUUAUUCUUUCUGUAAAGUUACAGUGAUGUUUUUUAACCCAUCUGACUUACAUUUGCACUUUUUUUUUGUUUUGUUGAAUGCACGUCGCUUUGUUUCUGCAACCAGAAGCAGUUUUCAGAGAACCAGUUUCUCCUGCGAGUACUUGGCGCCGCCUACUGGUGGGCAGGCAUAAAGCAAGCGAUUCAUACCAUUUCAGUGCGACUCAGGCGAGGUGGGGGUUUUUUGUUAAUGAGCCAAACAAGAGAGAGAUCAGUUGAGGCGGUAUAACGAGACAGAAUUUUUCCACUUUCUCUGUAAUGUGAACAGUGUGUGUAUGCAUGACCUUUGUACUGUGGUCCAGUAUUACAUUUUUAUUUCCACUGACCUCUCAGGUUUUGAUUUGCACCUUGAGAACGAGCGGCGUUCCCUGUCUGCAUUCUUUGGAAGGGAUCAGUGGAAAAAUCCUCAUGUUCCCGUCUUUGUCUCAUGCUGCUGGUUUUGUAAAUUAGCUUCGUGGUUCCUGAUUUGUACAGUGAUAGUCCUGUUGCUUUCCUCUUAGUGAUGUCUGGAACUGAAUGAUCACUUUUCUCCAAUUUUUCCUUAACCACUGUUUUGUAAUGUUUGUAUAUUCUCUUCUUUGUUGUGAUGAUGACAUGCUCCUGGCCUUUGCAAGGGAGAAAAAAAAAAAAAAAGCUUCUCAUAUCUCCUGUUGGCUGUUAAUGGUGCUGCAUAACCAUGAAUGCUUCUCCACUGUACGAAAUAUCACCUUUCUGAUGUGAGAAUAAAAAAUGAGAAUACCCUA